AUGAAUUAUUUUCAAUUUUAUGUAAUUCUUAUACAAGUCAAUGGAAUCGGUUGCAAGCAAAUUUGUCAGGUUAAAAAAAAAAAUAUUAUUCCUAUACCAGACAUUCAUCCCACAUCAGCUUAACAAAAAUUGAGGGAAAAAAAAAAGGGAGUAACCUGAUCGAUAGCGUUAUCCAAUUGGGAACCCUCCGUCGUCUCCGCUUUACUCAUCACUUGCUCCUCCAUAUCACCCAGAUGACAGAACACGUUGACAUCUGAUCGAAUUGGAUGGAACUAGAUUUUGAUCAUUGAAUGACAACGCUCGAAUCGUCUUCAACUGCCGAAUCGAGCAUGGACGACGACGCCGGAUCCAACUCCCACAGCCAUCGCCAAACCCCAACCCAAGCCGCUUCCUCACACACCGCCGCCGCCAACAACGCCCGCUCCCGCCGCGGCGGCGAAAAGGAAGAAGAAGAAGAAAACUUCGCCGAGGAAGGCGGCGGCGCCGAGGUCUGGGGCGCCUUCACCGAGAACUUCCGCCAGGUGCAGUCGGUUCUGGACCGGAACCGUGUGCUGAUUCAGCAGGUGAACGAGAACCACCGGUCGAAGAUUCACAGCAAUUUGGUGAAGAACGUUGCCCUGAUUCAGGAGAUCAACGGGAACAUAUCAAAGGUGGUGUCGCUCUACUCCGACCUCUCGUCCAAUUUCUCGAGCGUGUUCCAGCAUCGGGAUGGUGGUCCGGAGGCUUGAAUCCGUUUUGAUUUCUGCAAAAUUCAGUCCCCUGUGUAUUUGUAUGUUUUCACUCGUAUUAUCCUUGAAUUGAGUAGGAGCCAAUUUCAACUUAACUGUGUAUUGACUGUGGGUGUGUGGCAUUGAUUGUGUGCUCUAUCGUUAGCUUUUGGAUUUAGAUGGUGUCAACUUAAUCUUGUAGAAUACUAUCUUUGCUAAUGAUUUCCUGGUUUUGUUUCUGGGACUUCGGCGGCCAAUGCUGGAUUUUAUGGAACAUUGUGGUGAUGCUUAUUAGGUCUA